AUGGUCAAGACCGCACUGGUGACUGGCGCCACAGGCUUUCUUGGGCGUCAAGUGUCACAAGCUUUCCAGUCAGCAGGGUUUCAGAUCGUGGGCACGGGCUUCACCCGAGCCAACCCUCCUGCUAUUCUUAAGAUCAACUUGUCGAAUCCCGCUGAGAUCUCGUCAGCCUUACAAGAAGUCAAGCCUGAUGUCGUAGUACACUGCGCGGCAAACCGAUUCCCUGACAAAUGUGACGCCAAUCCAGACGAAGCCAGAAAGAUUAAUGUUGAGGCUUCCAAGCAUCUUGCUCAGGCGACCUCGUCAAAGAACAUCCUACUCAUCUACAUCUCUACCGAUUACGUAUUUCCGGGAAGACCGGGAGAAGCCCCUUACGAGGCCCAUGCAACACCAGAACCUACAAACCUAUACGGACAGACGAAGCUUGAUGGUGAGAGGGCAAUAUUGCAGGCGACGGAGGGGACUAGUUUCGGCGUCGUAUUGCGUGUGCCCGUGCUGUACGGCAAGGCAGAGGAUCCUAAAGAGAGCGCUGUGAAUAUCUUGAUGGACGUUGUGUGGAAAUCUCAGGAGAAAGACGCAAGGACGAAAAUGGACGACUGGGCAAAACGUUACCCCACGAACAUUGAAGAUGUAGCCCGGGUAUGCGUGGAUACGGCUACGAGAUACCUAAAUGGCGAGCGGUAUCGACUGCCUAAAAUCUUGCAGUUCUCUUCUGAGGAUCGAUUUACAAAGUAUGAGAUUUGCCAACUGUUUGCGGAGAUUAUGGGUCUUUCACUUGAUGGUAUGGUCGCAGACGACAAGGCUGGCAACGACCCGAAUGCAAGCGUGCAAAGACCUUACGACACUCACCUAUCAAAUCAAGCGUUAAAAGAUAUAGGGAUUGAUGUGGGAACCCAGGACUUCAAGGCUUGGUGGUGA